AUGGCCAAAGAUAAAAAAAGUAAAGAUAAGAAAAGUAAAGGCAAAAAAAGUGGUGGGACUGGAACUAACGCGUCCACACUUGUUAAUGUUGAACCUGAGCCCGAACCAAAGCCAAAGAUCAUUAAAAAUAUUACUAUUACCAUUAGAAGUUAUGAAAAUGUGAUUGGAGUAUACGAAUGCAGUGAUAUAAAAACGGAAUAUAAGUUUCUUGAAAGUGUAUCUGGAGAAACACAGACCCUUCCAGUUAAAAGUGAUAUAUCAUUAGAAUCUAUGGAAGAAUUUACAAUUCACUGUGAUAUAUCAUCUUUCAAAGAGUUAAAUGAUUUAAUAUCAAACCCCAUAACAUUUACAGUAAUUCAAACUAAUGGAGCUUUAGAACCAGAGGUUUACAACCAAAAAGCUCAUUUUCCAGAGGAGGGUAUAAAAACUUAUGAGAGUAUUGUUAGUUUAUAUGAAGCUUUUACUGGCGAUGCCGAACCCAAAAUUAGUUUUAAAGAAAAGAAAGGGAAAAAGGGCAAAAGGGAUUCAAAAAAGAAAAAGUCAGUUGGCAAAAAAGGUUCCAAAACAUCCAAAAGGUCCAAGAGUUCUAAAGGUUCUAAAUCAUCCAAAGCGUCUAGGAAAAAGCUAAAAGCCCCAGAAAAUCCUCCAGUAAUAUAUGGAAUGUGUACCCUUGAUUUAUUACCUUUAUUUAAUGGCACCUUCGAAUUCACAGAAAGUCUACCAAUCAAACCUCUAGAAAUGUACGAUGACGAACGAAUGACAAGCUACAAAAAUAUACCAAAAAUGGUGGUAUCCGUAUCCAGCGAAGAUCUUCUCGAAGAGAUCGAUGGAAAAGCGGUAACCAUCAAUAUGACCGUGGAAUCAAUUUACAACCUACCUGAUGUGAUGGCGAAUGAAGAUAUGAAUUUUGAAGUGUGCAUGCUAUUACCUCUUUAUUCGCAAAAAUGGCCUAUACUGUUUACCAAUGCAACCUUAACAGAAAAAAUACAGGAGGAGCAGAUGAAAUGCUGGCCUGGGAUAAAGAAACUGGGAUUUAAUGCUAAUACAACUAAAUACAAGCUUCCCCUGACCAUAAAUGAUAUUAAAAACAGAGCAAACAUAGAAUUAGAGCCAGCAAUGUCGAAUGAAAAAAGUAGAAUACAAUUGAACUACAUUAAAAGAACAGUCAUUGGUAGAACGGAUUGGGAAGCAUUUAUUGAUCAUAUUGCUAAAUACAAUAAAAUUGCUGUUGAGAUUUAUAUGAAAGAAAAAGGACCGGUAAGUACCUAUAGUACCGUUUUUAGAGCUCGUAUCGCGAGCCCUUUGACAACAUUUCAAGACAUAGAAGCGAAUAAGUUUGCUGGUUUGGAAGAUUCUUAUUUUAGACCCAAGCCUCCAAAAGUCGAAAAACCUGACGCAGCAAGUAAGGGUAAAAAAGGUAAGAAAGGAGGUAAGAAGGAUAAAUCGUCUAAAGGAAGCAAGGGAAGCAAAGGCACUAAAAAAACUAAAGGAAGUAAAAAAAGUAAAGGAAGCAAAAAAACUAAAGGAAGCAAAAAAUCUAAAGGAAGUAAAAAGAGCAAAGGCAGUAAAAAAGGAAAAGAAAGGGAACCUGAACCAGAGCCGGAACCAAGCAUGAAAGUGUUUUCUGAAGAAGGAGAUCCUUGUUUUAUUGUAUUUGAAAUAGAAUUAUCUGAAAGUAUAAAACCAAAACCGGAUUUAGAAGAUUUUAGUGAAAAAAUUCAACAACUAGUAGAUAAUGAGCAAAUAGAUGAAAACAGAAUAAUUUUACCGACAUGCACCAUGAAGAAUUAUUACGCGGAAGCUAUUAAUUUGAUAACAGAAGAUAUUGGUACCAAGUUUGUCGAAUAUACGGAGGACGAUGCCAACGAUGUUAACAACUUUGAGGAAUACUUAAAAAUCAACGGCACCUACGAACACUACAUAACUACCUUAACUGAAGCUGCAGCUUUAUAUGUGACAAAUAAAUUUGAACUUUUCGAUAAUACUCACAAGAAAAGCAACGAGUAUGUCAAGUUUAUGGGAGAGGUUUUUAGCACCUUGGUAUCGGAAAUGCACGUUACCUUAAACCAACUAAUGGGUACUGAUUUGCAACCUCAGCAAAAUAAACAAGCCCAAGCUAUGAAAACAUUGCUAUUUUACGCUAAAGAUGCCACUGAUUACACGAUUGCCGGCUUGACUGGAUUUAUUCUGGUGGCAUUAGAUAAACCAGAACAAGCAAAGGAGGAAUUCGAUUACACCCUGGACGGUUAUAAAGCGCCAGAGGACUAUUUAAUCUACGUUAAUUAUUCCAAAGCAAUGGACAUGAUGGGCGACUUUCAGCAGGCUAGAAAAUACAUUCUUUUGGCUUGCAAAGUAGCAGCAACUCCAUUUACAUGGUUACUAGCUGGCAAAUAUUUUUAUAUGCAACAAGACUUUUUGAGCGCCGAAGAAUGUUUUUCGGAGUCCAAUAGGAUUAAUCCACAGUUAUCUGAAACUUGGGGUUAUCUAUGUUUAGUUAAUUUAAAAUUGGGGAGGUUUAUCGAAGCCGAAUUUUGCUAUCGACAAGCUAUUAAGAAUAAACUGGACGAUCCUGAUAUAUUACAAGAAAUCAAAUCCCAAAGUGAUCAUUUGAAAAUGAGUUGUGACUAA